CUGAGCCCCGCCCGGAGCGGGAGCGGGAGCGGCGGCCGAGCCAUGGCCCAGCCCGGGGCACCCGCCGGGGCUCCCACCCGGGCACCCAGCGGGGCACCCACCGGCCCGCAGCGGCCCUGCACCAACGGCCCCGUGCAGAACCCGCUGAUGCAUCCACCUGAUGGCCAGGGAUACAACCCCGCGGCUCCGGGACCGUACACCCUCCAGGCGCCGGCCAAGGCUCCUCCACAUCAGCCUCCUGGACAGUAUAACUAUAGUGGCUCUCAGAAUGUUUCUCAAUUAAACAAUUAUCAAGGACCUGGCCAGACUCUGAACAGACCCCCAGUGUCAGCGUUCUCCGGGUCACCAGCACCACAGACAGGUCCCGCUCCGCAAGUGCUGCCGCCGCCCGCGUUACAGAACUCAGCUGCUCUAUCUUCUGCUGGAAGCUUUCCCCCUGGAGCCAGCCCACCGGUGCUUUCAAACUGGCAGUACAGCCAGCCUCCUGUGAGUCAGCCCCUUGGGGCUCAGACAAGCCAUUUGGCUCAUGGGACAGGGACAGGGCCAGCUCAGCCACCGUCGUCGUUGUCGGGAACUCCAAGUCCCGCAGGGAGUUACCCAUAUGCUGCUUCUCCGGGAGGUGCCCAGCUUCAGAACAGCUACAUGAAGCCAGGAUCUGCCCCUCCACCAGUGACUCAGCCUUUAACUCCACUCCACCCUCCAAGGCCACCUUUAGGACCCCCACCAGUUGGAGGUCCACCAAGGCCACCAACAGCAGUAGCAGGACCCCCUAAUGCACAGUCUGUGCUAAAUUCAGCUGCAAAUAGAGAAGGUGAUGCUGCAUCUGCUGCCAGUGAUGGGUCUGUGGUGCAAAACAGCUACGAUGCAAUAGAAGGUGGUGGCCUCAUGGCAACUCCUCAUCAUUCUCCUGCUGCCCUGAAUCUUAAGAUGAACAGAAGUGUUGGGUAUUCUUACCCUGCCUUACCCCCAGGCUACCAACAUCCUUCUCCUCCUGGAGCACCAGGAAUGCAUGGAGCUGCUUUGCAAUAUCCAGAUGGAUCAAAACAUUUCCACCAGCCUGCCCUGGGCACUAAUCACUUAACUGCAUCGAUGGGUGGCCUGAGUCUACAGCAAGAAGGGUUAAGACCUGUGAAUCUGCUUCAAGAAAGAAAUAUCCUUCCUACCACCCUCUUGAAGGCUCCUGUCCCAAACUUGCACGAAGACAUCCAGAAGCUCAACUGCAAUCCUGAGUUGUUCCGCUGUACCCUGACUAACAUUCCUCAAACUCAGGCCUUAUUGAAUAAAGCCAAACUUCCUUUGGGGCUGCUGCUUCAUCCUUUCAAAGACUUAUCGCAAUUGCCAGUGGUCACCUCCAGUAUUAUUGUGAGAUGCCGUUCCUGCCGGACCUACAUCAACCCUUUUGUCAGCUUUCUAGACCAAAGGAGGUGGAAAUGCAAUUUGUGCUACAGAGUGAAUGAUGUUCCUGAAGAAUUCCUGUAUAAUCCUGUGACAAGAGUUUAUGGAGAACCUCAUAAAAGACCUGAAGUCCAGAAUGCUACUAUUGAGUUUAUGGCUCCAUCUGAAUACAUGCUGCGUCCACCUCAGCCCCCCGUGUACCUCUUUGUGUUUGAUGUCUCUCACAAUGCAAUCGAGACAGGAUACUUGAACACAGUCUGCCAGACCCUCUUAGACAAUCUUGACUUGCUUCCUGGGAACACUAGAACAAAAAUAGGCUUCAUAACAUUUGACAGCACAAUCCAUUUCUACAGCCUUCAGGAAGGUCUCUCUCAGCCUCAGAUGCUUAUAGUUUCAGAUAUUGAAGAUGUAUUUAUACCAAUGCCAGAAAACUUAUUAGUAAAUUUAAAUGAAAAUAAAGAGCUAAUCCAAGAUCUGUUGAAGACCUUGCCACAGAUGUUUACCAAGUCCCUGGAAACUCAGAGUGCUCUGGGGCCUGCAUUACAGGCUGCCUUUAAACUGAUGUCCCCCACUGGAGGUAGAAUCACUGUCUUCCAGACGCAGCUUCCCACCGUGGGAAUGGGAGCACUGAAGCCACGAGAAGAGCCAAACCAAAGAGCAACUGCCAAGGACAUACACCUGACACCAUCGACUGAUUUUUACAAGAAGUUAGCCUUGGACUGCUCAGGGCAACAGGUUGCAGUGGAUUUAUUUCUUCUUAGUGGGCAGUAUUCUGACUUGGCUUCUCUAGGUUGUAUAUCAAGGUAUUCUGCAGGUAGUGUCUACUACUACCAGUCUUACCAUCAUAAACACAACCCUGUCCAGGUGGAGAAAUUGCAAAAGGAGCUGAAACGAUACCUAACUAGAAAAAUUGGGUUUGAGGCUGUCAUGAGGAUAAGAUGCACCAAAGGGCUUUCCAUCCAUACUUUCCAUGGGAACUUCUUUGUAAGAUCCACAGACUUGCUGUCGUUGCCCAACGUGAACCCCGACGCGGGAUACGCCGUGCAGAUGUCCGUGGAAGAGAGUCUGACUGAUAUGCAAGUUGUUUCUUUCCAGUCAGCUCUCCUGUACACGUCCAGCAAGGGUGAAAGGCGAAUUCGUGUGCACACCAUGUGCUUACCUGUGGUGACAACGCUGAGUGAUGUGUACCUGGGGGCAGAUGUGCAGGCCAUCACCGGGCUCCUGGCCAACAUGGCUGUGGACAGGUCGGUGUCUGCCACGCUGAGUGACGCCCGGGACGCGCUGGUGAACGCAGUGAUAGAUUCCCUGUCCGCUUAUCGCUCGUCCGUGCUGAGCAUCCAACAGCCCGGGCUCACCGCGCCCCACACGCUGCGGCUCUUCCCGCUCUACAUCCUGGCACUCCUGAAACAGAAAGCAUUUCAAACUGGGACGAACACACGCCUGGAUGAGCGGAUCUUCACCAUGUGUCAAGUGAAAAACCAGCCCCUUGUUUACCUCAUGCUCAUGACACAUCCCAGUCUGUACAGAGUGGAUACUCUCACAGAUGAGGGGGCUCUUAACAUAAAUGACAGAACUAUACCUCAGCCACCCCUGCUCCAGCUGUCGGUGGAGAAGCUGAGCAGGGACGGUGCUUACCUUAUGGAUGCUGGCUCUGUGAUGUUUCUGUGGGUCGGGAAGAACUGUGGGCAGGGUUUUCUCAGCCAAGUCCUCGGAGUUCCAAAUUAUGGCUCAAUACCACAGAACAUGACACAUCUCCCAGAACUUGAAACCGCAGAAUCCAUCAGAACACGAGCUUUUGUUUCUUGGCUGAGAGAGCAGAGACCUUUCUUUCCUAUAUUAUAUGUAAUAAAGGAUGAGAGUCCAUUGAAAUCAAGUUUUCUGCAAAAUAUGAUUGAAGACAGAACAGAAUCAGCCUUAUCAUACUAUGAAUUCCUCCUUCAUAUACAGCAGCAAGUGAAUAAAUGAAACACUAGCCUUUGGCUCACUUCUUUAAGGAGAGGUUUUGCAGUAAAGAAUGAUUGUGCUUGUAAUAUCUUCAUUAAUUCUGUGGCCUGAGGCAGUUGAUGAGAAGUUCUCACUGUGAUUUCAACGAACUAAAGCAAAUAAAGGACCACAUCUGAGAAUCAAAUGUGCAACUACAUAAUAUUGUACCUUAAAAAAAAAUCAAACUGUUGGAACUGGUUGAGCACCUUUAAUUUGCUGCAAAUCGUGUUUUUACUGUAAGUAGUUGCAGCAUGAAGUACAUUUACAAAGGCAAUACUGAAAAGGUGAAAUACAUUUUGUAAAAUAAAGAGUUCUUUGUUGUUCAAAAUGUA